GACAGGGACGGCCGCGCUGCUCCUCCUCGGAAGGCAGAGCCCGCAGCGCAGCCCCCGGCGGCGGCGAGCGCCGGGAGGGGACAGGAGAGCCGCAGCGGGCACACGGCCGCCUGGGACGGGGAGCGGUCCGGAGGAGCUGCCGCCCGCCCUCUCUGCCACCGGGCUCUAUGUGGGACGGAGCCGGCCAUGGAGAAGUUGUACUUUGCGGGGAGCAGCGUGUGGACCCUCAACGGCUCUCUGGGGAACGGCAGCCUGCGCCUGGAGAACCAGAGCUCCGGGAGGAACAGCACCGCGGACCCGCUGAAGAGGAACGAGGACAUGGCUAAGGUGGAGGUGACGGUCCUUUGCCUCAUCCUCUUCCUCGCGCUGAGCGGCAACCUGUGCGUGCUGCUGGCCAUCCACACCACCCGCCAGAAGCACUCCCGCAUGUACUUCUUCAUGAAGCACUUGAGCAUCGCCGACCUGGUCGUGGCCAUCUUCCAGGUGCUGCCCCAGCUCAUCUGGGACAUCACCUUCAGGUUUUACGGGCCAGAUUUCCUGUGCCGCUUGAUCAAGUACUUGCAGGUAGUGGGGAUGUUUGCUUCCACCUACAUGCUCCUGCUGAUGUCCCUGGACCGGUGCUUGGCCAUCUGUCAGCCCCUGAGGUCUCUGCACAGGAGAGCGGACCGGGUCUCUGUCCUGCUCACCUGGCUGCUCUGCCUGCUGGUCAGCAUCCCUCAGAUCCACAUAUUUUCUCUGAGGGAUGUGGGGAACGGGGUUUACGACUGCUGGGCAGAUUUCAUCCAGCCCUGGGGACCUAAAGCCUAUGUCACCUGGAUAACUCUCAUGGUCUACAUCAUCCCCGUGCUGAUGCUGAGCAUCUGCUAUGGCUUAAUCAGCUUCAAAAUCUGGCAGAACGUGAAGCUCAAGACGGCUCACGGGCCCAACGUGGGUCUGAGCUCCAGCUCCUGCAGCGGGACGGCAUUUGCCAGGGUGAGCAGCACCAGGCUCAUCUCCAAAGCCAAGAUCCGGACAGUCAAAAUGACCUUCAUCAUAGUAUUAGCUUUCAUAGUGUGCUGGACUCCCUUUUUCUUUGUGCAGAUGUGGUCUGUGUGGGACACGAACGCCCCGCAGGAAGCCUCCCCGUUCAUCAUCGCCAUGCUGCUGGCCAGCCUCAACAGCUGCUGCAACCCCUGGAUCUACAUGCUCUACACAGGACACCUCUUCCACGACCUGAUGCGGCGCUUCCUCUGCUGCUCCACGCGCUACCUGAAGUCGCGGCCGGCGUGUGACCUGAGCGUCAGCAGGAAGAGCAACUCCUCCUCCUUCGUCCUCAGCUGCAAGAGCACGAGCCAGAAGAGCUUCAUGCAGCCGGCCAUGGCGUGAGGCCGUUGCUGGCUGGGACCUCGUGGAUCCAGCUGGGGGCUCAGUGUAGAUCGGUGUAUAUAUGUCUGUGUGCACGGCAGCAUGUGCAGCGCUCGCUCCUUACCCCGUGUGCAAGGUGAGGGAGGACCUCAGGGGCCCAAGUUUCAGUGCUGCCUGGGGCUGGACACCAGGAACCUGCUUCUGAGCCUCAAAACCACCCGGCCUGCUGGGGUCAGUGCCGGCAUGGAGCAGGGCAGUCCUGCUGCUGUGGGAUGGGGACAGCAGGGACAGGGCUCCUGGGACACAUCCCCACCUGCAGCUCUGCCCAUGGGCUGUGUGAGGCAUCAGGGAAGCCGGGGGAGCAGACACGAGGGCAGGGCCGGGGCAUCUGCGCAAUACCACGUUUGCUGAGUGUGCUUCUCAGCUCCUCAGCAGGAGUAGGGGGUUACAGCCAGGCUCUGUGGGGUUUAACAGGCUCCCACUGAGCCCCUGAGGCUGAGCUUUUGCUUUGGGUUCCCUGCAGAUCACAUGUAGCCCUUCCCACCGAUGCAGCUUCCUUGCUCUGUAACACACAAGCUCAUGCUCGUGGCAUGGAUAUUUUUUAUUGUUA